AUGGUCUGCUAUGGGCUGGAUGAUAUCGCCAAGGUGCACAAAGUAAUAGAACCUGAGAGGUUAAAAGAAUUCUUCCCAGAGGUUGAGCUGGAGGAGCUAAGAAGACCAAAAGAUGUCGAGCUUCUUAUCAGCCACAGAGAGGGAAGGCUUGCUCCUCAAAGGAAGAGAGUGGUUGGGGACCUCGUCUUGUGGGAGAGUCCACUCGGGAAGACAGUGGGAGGAGCGCAUCCUGAUCUCUUUGAAGAUGCAGAAGUGGCAGCCCAUGGGUCAAGAACCCACUUCGCCCGGUCCAUGAGAACAGCUGCUGUCAAAUAUGAGGAGAUUCUCAGAGACACAUCUGAAGCAGAGGAUUCCCUCCUAAAAAAGGAGCAUCAGGCUAAUGUAAAUUUUACAAGAGCCACUAACAGUGAGUUUCCUGAAUGGUGGAGAUUGGAGAGUAUUGGGGCAGCCUGUGAACCGAGAUGUGGGGGGUGCAGAUGUGGAAAUUGCCAACCAGGAGGGAAGGAAAUGACCCUGGCAGAGGAAAAAGAACUGGAGAUCAUUAAAAAAGGUCUCACGUACAUCAAGAAGGAAGAUACUCACGUGAACUCACCACGCUGGGAUGCAAGGUAUCCAUGGGUUGAAGACCCUGCCUCUCUCCCCAACAACAGGAGUGCAGUGGAAGCCACAUUUUUAAGAACAGAAAGGCAAUUGGAGAGAGAGCCUGAAUGGAAAGCUGCAUACACAGCGCAAGUACAUGAGAUGGUUGAACGUCAUGCUGCCAUGGAACUCACUGAGGGGUUGAGAAGAAACUGGAAGGGGCCGGUGUGGUACGUAAGCCACUUGGUGGCACCUAACCCUCACUCAGUCACAACCCCAGUGCGAUUGGUGUGGAAUAGUAGCCAAAAAUUCAAAGGCGUGAGCAUGAAUGACCUUCUUUUAAAGGGGCCAGACGUUCUAAACCCAAUUAGAGCUGUCCUGCUAAGGUUCAGAAGAGGUGUGUAUGCAGCCCUUGGUGACAUCAAAAAGAUGUAUAAUUCAGUGUGGCUGGAGGAACGUGAAAUGCAUCUACACCGAUUUCUCUGGAGGGAUAAGCCAGAGGAAGAUAUAAAAGAAUAUGCCAUCACACGGGUCAACAUAGGAGACAGACCAGCUGGGUGCAUAGCACAGCUCGCUAUGCGUGAGACGGCAAGACUAUCCAUCUUUGCUCACCUGAAGGAGGAGUGCAGGAUUCUGGAAGAGGAUAGCUAUGUGGAUGACAUCCUAACAUCCCACAACAGUCUGGAGGAACUGAUCGAAAUCACACAAGGAGUGGAGGACAUCUUGAAGGCAGGAGGCUUCUUUCUCAAACCUUGGGUGUGGUCAGGCCAAAGUGGGAGGCAGGUUGCUGCAGGGGGAAUCCCACAAGAGCUGGAGGCAGCAGCGCAAAAAGCAGCAACAAUCAUCCUUCCAAACCAGAUGAGGGUUGAAGACAACAAGGCCCUGGGUGUUGGGUAUCAGGCGGAAGAGGACAUGCUUUACAUGAUGACAUCAAUCAACUUUUCCAAGAGGAAAAGGAAGGUUAGACUGGGUGAGCAUCUUAACAAGGAGAAUGUGAGACUGGAAACACCUGAUCCACUGAGCAGGAGAGAGCUGCUUAGUCAGGUAGCUGGGCUUUAUGACCCAAUUGGGCUAGUCACACCAGUCAAACAGAAGGGAGCAAUCCUUGUAAGGAAGGCCUUCCAAGAGGCUGGAGGUGGAAAGAUGACUCGAGAGACCUGGGAUAAACCGCUUUCAGAAGGUCUAAGAGAAGAAGCCAUUAAGAUAUUUGAAGAAUAUGUAGAGCUUGGUCGUAUUAAAUUCCACAGAAGCAUCACACCAGCUGACUGGAGAGGGAAACCGUGGGGAAUAACCUUCUCAGAUGGGAGUGAUAAAACCUAUGGAGCAGUGAUGUACCUGAGGUGGGAUACAGAGAGAGGAGUUGACGUCUGUUUUGUGGAAGCAAAGGCCAAGCUGACCCCGCUGGAUCAAAAGGGAGAAGCGGCAAAGGCCGAGAUCUGUGGAGCCGUUUUUGCAGCCAGGCUCAGGAAGUAUUUUAAGAGACAUGGGGAACUGAACAUUGCCGAUAUAAUGACUAGAGGAAGCACAGCAAGAGAUCUGAAGGAAGGAUCUGUGUGGCAAAACGGGCCAGAGUUUUUGAAGUGGCCAGUGGAGGAGUGGCCUAAGAAGUCAGCUGGAGAAGUUGCUGCCCAUGCCAAGGAAAGUGUAAACAAGUUCCAAAGUAUCCAGCAAGAAGUCAGCAGGUUCUGGAGAAAGUGGUGUGAGCUGGCUGGUCCCAACCUGUUCAUCAAAAGCAAAUGGCACACAAAGCAGAGGAAUGUCACAGUGGGAGAUGUUGUGUGGCUGGCGGAUCAAAACGCUUUAAGAGGCCGAUACAAGCUUGGCAGAGUUGUCAGUGUAAAUCCUGACCAAAGAGGAGUCGGGAGGGAUGUGAAUGUGAGGACUUUUCCAAGCUACCCUGUUCCAAUGAGUAAAGGAGGGACACUGCACAAGCAAAGGAAAAACACAGAAAAACUCUCAUCCAGAAUCCCCUACACCAUCGUUCACAGGGAUGUCAGACGCCUGGUGGUUCUGCUUCCUAUUGAGGAGCAACAUUAAGAGACAAUAGUGUGACCUCCUUGGGUUCAUUAACCAGGAGCUCAAGUGGGAGGUGUUGGGUUAUGUGCUGUAUGCUGUUUAUUUUUCAUGUUUUUCUUUUAAUAUUUUUCACUCUGGGAUGUGAUGAUGUCUACUUUGUGCAUGGAGUGUGUCAGAGGGCAGUAGAGAGCCUAAGUGUUCACAUGGUGUUCAGAGAGAGAGUAGAGAGCAAGAAGCUCUAGGUUGAUUAGCCUUGGUUGAGCACCUGAUGGGCCUUUUGUUUGUUUGCCCUGGGUGUGGUUGAGUCAGUGGAGCACAGAGACGCUACUGGUUAUCAACCUGCUUAUGAUUCAACAGAAAAUGACAAAAGUCAAAUAAAAGAAGUGACUAAGUUGAUCUGAGUUGUUUCCUGCGUCCUCUGUGCCAAGCUUGGUCG